AUGAGGUAUAGACACGCGUAUGAAAAGAUCAGCUUUUUAUGGGAGAAUAUGCAACGCAGUGCAUGUCUUAUCUUUGAGAAGCGCAAAUGUACCUACAUGUACUGGUUGAACAAUGGAAGAGUCUGUGAUGGUGAGGCCGAGAGUGUGACGUUUGUGGGGUACCGAGGUUACAUCUUGGCGAGGUGUGACUUCGUCCUCCUAUCGUCGACCGGAAGAUAA